CAUUUCCCAGAACCACUUGCGCUCUAUUCGCUGAUGACUUCCACCCUAAACAGAAGACUGUCAGAAAUAAAAGGAUUUUCGGCGCUGUUGGAGGUCUGAUUUAAUUAAGUAGAUUUAGACGUUUUGUGACAACAUUUAUUGAUUAUUAUUGCUGUAAAAAGGCUUCUAAUGAAACCGAGGCUAGCCGUAGAAGUAGCAGCGUUGAUAAUUGGAAGCUAGUUCGUUGCUAACAGAAGAUGGGAGCUGCGUUUGUGUCUAACUGACACAAAUUCUGCAAACUGAUGUUUAAAAACGCGUUUCCAUCACCGGGCUUGGUGCGUUGAUCCCUACGGUGUGUUUUAGAGAAGCUUCAGCGAUGGAGGAAGUUGACAAGAUUCUGAUUCACGCGCUCAGACAAGUCGGCACGCUGCUGAGUGAAGAGAUCGACAGCGUGAAACAGUUCAGCAGUGAGCUGAUCGUGGAGGCGGUGGUCAGAUGUAUCCGGGUGAUCGAUCCGGGCCUGGGGGGCGCCCUGCCCACCUCGCUGCCUCCCGGCAUGUCGGCCCGCUUCCGGGUGGGCAUGAGCCUGGCGCAGGCCUGUCAGGAUGUCGGCUUUAAAGGAGAGAUCGGCUACCAGACCUUCCUGUACAGCCACGAGUCCGAGAUCCGCUCACUGCUCAUGUUCCUGGUGGAGAAGCUUCCCAGAGAGAGCGCCGAGGCUUCGGAUCAGCCCACAGGGAAAUCCGCCGUCCUCCAGAGAUCCAUCGCUGCCGCCAUCCGAAGCCAGCUGGCCAUUUCCUGGGUCCCUCCCAACUGCAGGCUGCCUCUCCACUGUGAAGCACAGAAUCGGGGAGCGUUGCACAGCCUCCGCGUCCAGCCGCUCAGCGUUCCGCACGGCGCCAAAGGCUUCGACAGGAAGCAUCUGAAAGAGGCGAUGGACUACCGCAGGGACGUCCUUCCUCCCGUCACCGCCCAGAUUUCCAGUCGCGCCUCUCUGGUGGCGUCCAUUUUGGAGCAACACACGACGGAGCUUAGUGCCGCUCAGGAGUGGGACAACGAGUGGAAGAGUCAGGGACUUCUGUCCCGCCUCACACCACAGGAGUACCGCUCCAGGAAGUUGGCGCGGCUGCAUAAACGCAUCGAGGAGCAGCUGCGCUCCGCCACCGCGCCACCUCCCGACGGUGCCUUUGGGGUUUCCCGCUCCACCUCGGAGCUUUCGGAGCUGCUGCAGACCUUCAGAGGCUCCGCCCCCUCCAACGACAUCCUGAGCAAGGGCACCCACUUCACCCACACUCAGAAGUUCAGCUUCACUCUGGAAACCACGGCGAUUGCAACGAGCCCCGUCCUCGCCGGGCGUCAGACGGAGGGCGACGUUCAGCUCCGACAGCAGGAGGAGAUCGCCGCUCUCCAGCAACAGUUCCAGCAGCUCUGCAGCGACGUCGACCAGCUAGCAGCAGAAAUGAAACGCGCGGGCGUCACUAACGCGCAGGUGCUGGAUGAGCUGAAGCAGAGGGAGCUGGGGAAUGUGGAGCUGGAGGAGAAGCUUCAGGUGAAGAGGAGAACGAUCAGCCUGCUGCCGGACGCAGACGGCAACCUGCUGAAGCUCCAGACCCAGGUGGAGUCCAGCGCCCAGCGGGUGGUGAACCUGGCGUCCCAGUGGGAGAAGCACCGCGCUCCUCUCAUUGACGAGCAUCGCAGACUAAAGGAGAUCUGCAGCAACAAAGAUCUGGAGUCGUCUAGAAAACUUUCUGAGAUCAAGUCUCUGCACGAAAAAAUCCGCGUUUCCACCGAGGAGGCGAAGAAGAAGGAAGAGUCGUACAAACAGCUGGUCACGGAGUUGGAAAGUCUUCCCAAGGACGUGUCUCGGUCGGCAUACACUCAGAGGAUCCUGGAGAUCGUCGGCAACAUCAAGAAACAGAAGGAGGAAAUCACAAAGAUUUUGUCGGACACCAAGGAGCUGCAGAAGGAGAUCAACAGCCUGACGGGGAAACUGGACCGGACCUUCGCCGUGACCGACGAGCUGGUGUUUAAGGACGCCAAAAAAGAUGAAUCCGUCCGUAAAUCCUACAAAUACCUGGCUGCCUUGCAUGAGAACUGCAACCAGCUGAUCCAGACCAUCGAGGACACGGGAACAAUCCUGAGAGAGAUCCGAGAUCUGGAGGAGCAGAUUGAGACAGAGAACAGCAACAAGAGCGUGUCGAACCUGCAGCGGAUUCUGGACGACUACAAGGCCAUCCGGCAGGAGAACGCCGCGCUCGCUGCGAAAAUCAGAGAAGGCUGAAGUCUCCGGCCCAAGGGAAACCCGGAGGCUGCGGUCUGAGGGAGACGGAAGCAGCGCUCCGUCCUGCAGAGACCGUGGCUCGUCACCAUGGAAACCAGCUGAAUUUUGGGAAGCGAUGCUGACGUCCUCACGCGUGUCCUGGACGGGUCAGAUGGACCACGCACUGGUUUGAUUAUGUGAAAGGGAGCUCUGGACACUAGGUGGCGCUGUCUGCACACAUUUUCAAAGGCUGUUUAAAAUCCGCUCUUUAAUGAGUUAUCAUUUCGUUUUCUGAUUCUCUUGGUUAUGUUUGAAGUGAAGCUGUUGAACGAACGGCGUUUGAAUGUAGAUCCGUGAACUUUGGUCCCGAUCCAUCAGCAGAGUAUUGUUGUGUACGUGGUACCAGCGUAAAUAAAGAUGCCUUACACGCUUCAGGCUGUUGUUUCAUCAUCCUGAAGACCGCGUCACGAACCCUAGCAACCCGUUUCUGGUGUCUAGCAACAUCAAGUCAUUUAAAACGGUAUUUUUAUGAAGUUAAACUCUAAAGAAGACUGGGACACUCGAGAUGAAACCAUGUUUCCAUGUUUUUGCCACAGUUCUGUGCUUUAAACUGUUGAGUGACAGAAAACAUCAACUUUGUAUUAAGAUUUUAACAAUCUGAUUCUUGAGAGAAUAAAAUCAAAUAUUUCAGGCGUUUUA